AGCAAUGAAAAGUCAAAUGUAGAAGAGAAGAAAGGAAGGAGAGGUCUGGAUCCUGGAUAUCUGCGCUGUUUCUUGCUCUGUCUUUGGGAUUUUUGGUGGUAAUUUGGGAUCACUGCAGACUGUAUGGGAUUUGGCAGAGAGAUUGCAGUUUUGUUCCUGUGAUGCUGUUGAAUGUAGCUUUGGAGAUAGCAGACUGGGAUCUCUAGUAGCACCGAUCUGCUCUUGCAGGUGCUGAAUCUCACAGCAGCCCUAAGAAAGUGCAGCUACGCCUUAGGAGCUGUCCAGCAUCACUCCGGAGCUUGGGUGCCUCACUCUGCAGGACACUACACCAUGGCAUGCUGCACAGGACGCUGUACACUGAUAUUCAUCUGCACUCUGCAGAUGGAACCUACACACCCCUUUAAAGUCGGAGACAGAGUCGUGGUGAAGGUGCUCCCCAGGAACAAGAGCCCAGGAGACUUCACCUAUGGUCCAGAGACAGAGGUCGUAGCAGCUACCCGAACAGCAGUCCUGACAGAGGAAAGUCCUACCUGGAUCCAUGCAUCCCGAGUAAAAAAGGUUCCUAGACCAGACCUAGAGAGGGAAGCAAGUGAUUCCAGUGAGGUACGAACCGGGGCAGACAGCCCUGACCUCCCACCUAGCGAAGACAGAAGAACAGAAAACGAUGAAGAACCUGCCCCCUAUCUCUGUCCUGGGGACUAUCUCGAUAGCCCUACUGGCCCUCAUUCACCUCACAAUAUGUGAAGUCAGCAUCACACAAACAGAUGGGGUCCCCACCUUGUGGUACAAUUCCUCUAACACACACGUAGCCACAUAUAUCCUUGACUAUUUUAUGUUUCCCGAAAUUGCUGAUGACAAAUAUUAUAUACAACAAAGGAGGAAAUCAGGAAUGUCUGAGACAAUGUACAUUUGUGUCACUGAUGAAUGGUGGAUGGAAAUAUCCUAUCAUGGAUCCAACUGUGAUUACUGGGAAUCUGUGGGGUGGAAUACAGGAGCAGAUUGGAAAUAUGGCCCAUCAUUUGCAAAAAAUAGAUGGAGCAAAUAUGGAGUACCCCUACUUUCUAGACUAUCCAUUCAUAAGAUGGAUGAAGGCCCAAAUUCAUACAGGUUUAGACUAAACAUAGUGAACCCUAGCAGAAGCGACAAUGAGACUUAUGUACUUGGUAUAUGGUGGCAAGCAGGGUACUAUAGUGCAAGACAAAGGUUUUAUUUAUGGGAUAUGUACAAAAACCCAAAAUACCAGCCUAAAAUUGCUCCCCAAAACAAACCUUUAAAGCCCCAUAUUGCCACUUCUAAAGAUAUGGUGGCUAUUACUAACCCUACCUUUGAAGACACCCUAGCUAUUGAAACUGGUUUCUCUGACAUUAAUUUUUGGUUGGAAUGGAUGAAGUAUAGUGCUAACAAACACAAUAAAAGCAACUGUUAUGUCUGUGGCAAAUCUAGGCCCCACCUAGGUACAGUGCCCCUUAAUAUACCCCUAGAACAGGAAAAUUGUUUUUUCAGCCUUUUUAAUGACACCAAAACAAAUGACAGUCAGUGCGAAAUGUGGAAAAGGGAAUAUCCCAUAUUGUCAAAAAAUCCCAACCCAAGAAGCACCAUAACCAUAUAUCCUGGAAACUAUACCUGUUAUACAUCUAACAUCACCCCAGGGAGAAAUUUAAAAACCUUCCCACCAGGGUAUUGUGCAAAUAAAAGAACAACUGUUUUAGUUAACCAAACUAGAUCACUAGGCGACAUUUAUUAUAUAUGUGGGGAUAUGAAGCUUAGAACUAAAUUAGACACACCAUGGUAUGGUGAGUGUGCCCUGGCCAAAGUCAUAAUGCCACUCCUAAUGAUCACCGAUGACCCCAAUCCUCCCUCUAAUACUCCUGCUAAUCGAAAGAAAAGAGCACUCCCAGGAGGUAGCUUUGACCCCCACGUGUACAUUGAUGCUAUAGGGGUCCCAAGAGGUGUUCCAAAUGAGUUCAAAGCUAGAGAUGAGGUGGCUGCGGGUUUUGAGUCAUUGUUCCCUAUAGUAACUGUAAAUAAAAACGUAGCCUGGAUUAAUUAUAUAUAUUAUAAUCAACAAAGAUUUGUUAAUGAUACCAAAGAUGCUCUUAAAGGUAUAGCUGAACAGCUAGAAGCCACUUCCCAAAUGACAUUUCAAAAUAGAAUGGCCCUUGACAUGAUUCUAGCAGAAAAAGGCGGUACAUGUGUUUACAUUAGUAAGGUGGAAGGCUGUUGUACAUAUAUUCCUGACAACACUGGUCCCAAUGGUAAGGUUACUUUAGCCAUAAACAAGUUAGAAACCUUAUCCAUAGAACUCAAGAAAAAUUCAGGUAUUGAUAACCCAUGGAGCCAAUAUUUUGGGUGGUUUGAAAAUUGGAAACAGGCUCUUGUGCAAAUAAGCAUAUUCAUACUUGUAACUUUAAUUCUUUUAGGCAUUAUAGUUUAUUGUGUAAUUCCCUGUGGAAAGAAACUUACCUCCAAAGGCAUUGAUAAGGCCCUGAUGUACUAUGAUAUAACCCCCAGUCCUGUCACCUCCUCUGAUAGUAAGGGACCCGACGAUUAUGCCCAAUAUCUCAAGAACUGGAGGAACAAGAAAGGAGCCUCACUUAAGAAUCAUGUCAUAUAACAAUCAUGAUUCUAAGAGGGGAUUGAAGGGUUAAACAUGCUAUAUGAAUUGUUAUGUGUUUGAAUAGACACGUACGCACUCUCUACAAGAUGCCUUUGUCUCUUCAUAUAAUAUAAGGCUUCUGUGUGUCUUAUCUUCAAGGUCAAUUACAUACUAGAUCAAAACUGUUACUUCUGUGUGUUACUAAAAUAUCCCGCAUGUAAUGUCGUAUGCUACUUCUAUUUAUCCAAUCAUAUGCUUGCACAUAUUGUAUACACCCAUGUUUCUCUUCUAUAUAGUACGCUGUAAUUUAUUAAAUAA